AUGGACGACGACGGCCGCGCCCAGCAGUAUCUGCCCGUCGCGGAGGCAGAGCCGAGAUUCCACGUGAAGGCCGAGUUGCGUGCUUUUGUCGCAAAGCUGCGCAUCUUUCGGGACGCAUACAAGAAGACCAGAGCAAUUCAGAGCAUGAUGCCGUCCUACCGCCGUUCCACAAGCUUCAGUCGCAUUCGCGUGCCGGACGAGUUGUUCGGCCACUACUCCAGUGAGGGCGGCGGGGAUAACGGCGCCGUCUGCGCCUGCGUUCUGGAGUCAGACGGCGAGGUGGCGGGCGCGCGGCUGCCGUCAGGAGCUCCUGCUUCGGAAGAGGGCUUGGCCGCCGACGCCGCGGCGUGGGCCACAAGCUUCGCUCGCGACCAGCGCGUCUUUUUCGUGCAGAACCACCAUAACCGCGAGUGCACUGCCACUUGCGUGCAGCAUCUGCAAGGACAACAAGCGAUUGUAUACCCAACUUUAACGUGGGACUUACAUAGCGGACGCCGAUCAACCUGA